CAAUACUACAGUUCCUUUAACCAAGUCGGUCAGUUCAGAGACAAACAAAAAACCCACAGCUUCCUCAGGAAACACAAAAGAAACUCAAGAUAAAACAACAGUACUCCCAGGAAAGACUACAACAACCACAGGGACAUCAUACAAUGCUACAAAAACAAAAGGAGACUCAAAAACAGCUGAAGAUCACACCAUAGGUGCUAACAGAACUAAAAUCGCCCCAGACACCACCAGAUCUCCAGUAGAAAAGACCAUGUUGACUCAUGCGAAGAUCACAACAGCCAUAGCAAAGACCAAAGAGCAACCAGACAAGACCAUUACAGCCAGUAAGAACAAUAGAACCCCAGAAAAGACCACAGAAUAUCCACAACAGACCAUAUCCGCCCCUGAGAAGAAUGCAAGAACCCCAGUGAAGACCACUGAACAGCCAAAAAAGGACACAUCACCUCCUGAUAAGACCACAAGAGCCCCAGUGAAGACCCCAGAACUGACCACAUUGGCUCCAGAACAGCCAGAAAAGACCAUAUCGGCUCCAGUGAAGACCACAAGAGCCCCAGUAAAGACCACAGGGCGGCUAGAAAAGAUCACAGGAGUCCAUGUGAAGGCCACUAAACAGUCAGACAAGAUCAUAUCAGCCCCUAAGAAGACCACAAGGUGCCUAUCAAAACCCACCAAAUGGCCAGAAAAGACCACAGUGGCCACCAAGACUGCAAGAUAUCCAGUUAAGGUCUCAGGAGACAAAUCUAUUGCUACUACCUCUCCUCAUCUAAAUAAAACUGAGGUUACCCACCAGGUGCCCACUGGUUCUUUUACAUUCACCACAUCCACCAUGAAAUUGAGCUCCAUCGUGUCAGAAGCCCCAGGCAAUGAGAGCCAUUCAUACGAGAGUAAAGAUGACUCAAAGGGAGAGAUGGGGGAGAAUGAUUCAUUCCCUGCUUGGGCCGUAGUCAUCGUGGUUCUGUUGGCUGUGAUUCUUCUGGCACUCCUCAUCCUGAUCUUCUUGGUCUCCUAUUUUACUCGAACACGCCAUGCACUGACCCAGAAUACUGAGGACAAAGACCCAGAGGAUACCGGAAGCCCUAAUUCCUACCCAGUCUACCUGAUGGAGCAGCAGGCUCUGGGCAAGGGCCAGAUCCCUUUCUCACAAUGAUCUUUGGGAAGUCAUCCACCUCCAGCUCUUCCAUGCCCUACCCCUCUCCUAGAUGUGGAAUUAAAUUUAUGAUUCCUAUUUCCUGGACUCCAGGAAGGGCCAAGUGUACUGACAGUUAACAGCAUUAACCCUCCAUAUGCUGUGUUCUUAUUGAAACUGGUUGGGGACUGAAGUGACAAGCAAGAAGGAUGUGAAGUAGAGAGAUAGAGGAGAAGGACAGAAUGAUACAAGCAAAUGUUCUCUAGAGAAGAUGAUGAUCUGAGAAUGAAAAUGUGUUGAUGGACAUGUGGGGUAGGAACCAAUACAAGACAGUGAGUCCUGGAGGGAGCAUGGUUAAGUUCAGGAGCCUUAGAGGGCAAUGCCCUGAUCUGAUUUGGGAAUGGGGGUGGUGGGAAGUGGGUAGACUGAGGACUGAGCGCCCUGAGCUUCAAGACUGAUCUAUAUUAUUUCCAUCCACUAUUACUUAGAGUUUGCGUGUAAAUAGUCUUGUCUCUGAGUUCCCAGGGACUCCAUCCUUCUUCUUUUUAAUGAAAAAUUAAGGUCCAAGAAGAAAGGAGGCUCUAUUUCCUUCUCCGUCCUCUUCAUUCCCUGAAGGAGAGAAAAUUCCAGAAAAGAUAGAUGUCUCCCACUCAGAUGAUUCCUCCUUCUCCCUCCCUAUUCCCUUAGCUUUUCUAAAUGUCUACAGUGGGGAUCCUGUUGAUUUGGCUUGCUGCGUUGUGGGUGGGCACUCAGGGAGGAGACUUUGGUUUUGCCCGCAGUCUUAUCCACUGAUCCCUGACCCAGACCUUUCCUAAUGAUAUUCCCUACUCAAUAUUUAUUUUCCCAUCUCUUCCACCAAAAGUCACUUCUCACUUUCUUCUGUAGGAUUCAGCUACCUUCUCCUCUACUGCCCCUAUAUUUAUCCUUCCUCCCCACACUUCUACCCCAAAUUCUAGACAUUUCUUCUGUGUGCUUCCUGAAUUUUCUCUCCAACUUAUUAUAGCCCUUCCAUCUAUCGGGCAGAUAGAGGAAAGAGAAGUUGACAG